GAACGGUGGCCAUGGCCGGCGGCAUAGGUGCGGGUACCCUAGGAUGGAUCAAAUCAAAGCGGUACCCUAUCCACGACGGCACUUCCAUUCCAUCGUCGUCCCCGGUAAACAUCCGCCAUUAUAAAUACCGCCGAAGCUCUCACUCCCACUCCCACGCGCCCCCGGCCAAAGACCAAAAGCCCCUCUCCUUUUCCGCCAUUAAAAUACUCCGCCCGGAAGAAACUCCCCGAAGCACCAGUGACCGCGCUAGGCUGCUAGCGUUGCGUAUUGGUGGUUGGUGCUUUGGUGGUGGUAUAUCGGGUUUCGCGCGCCUGCGGCGGCCGGUGUAGCCUUUGGGAGGUAGUAGUGCCCGGGUGGGGGAUGUACGGCGCGCCGCUGUCCAAGGACCUCAACCUGCCAGCCCAGCAGCACCCGGCGGCGAACGGCGUGCGGACGCCGCCGCAGAUGAGCUCCCCCGGCCUGCUCCGGUACAGGUCGGCCCCGAGCGCCAUGUUCGGCGACGCGUGCGGGGACCUCCUCCCGGCCCCCGCCGGCGCGGGGCACCGCCCAGGGAGCCCGGACCACGCCGCCGACACCAGCUUCGCCCGCCUCCUCUCGGGCCACCACCACCACCCCGAGAUGAGGGACAAGCCUCCCCGCCCUGUCGCCAGCCACUUCGCCGAGGACGCCGCCGCCUCCAUGGCCUCGCAGCAGCAGCAGCUCAUGUACCAGUCGCAGCAGCAGAUGGCCGCCAUGGAGGGGCUGUUCCGCACGGCGAGCUCCGGCGUCACGGACCCCGUCGUCGCCGGCGGCGCCGCCAACGGCAUCGGCAACGACAGCCUGCUCCGGCAGAGCAGCUCCCCCGCCGGGUUCCUCAACCAUCUGAGCAUGGACAACGGCUACGCGAGCAUGCUCAGGGCGGGCAUGGCCGGCGGCGGCGGGGGCGGCGGAUACAGGAACGGCGACGCGCGGCUCAAGGGGCAGCUGAGCUUCUCGUCGCGGCAGGGGUCGGUGAUGUCGCAGAUCUCGGAGAUGGUCGGCGAGGAGAUGGGCGGCGGCGGCAGCAGCGGCGACGACGACGAGGCCGGCAGCUACGGCGGCAUCCCAGGGUACCCGGUGGUGGCCCCCUCCGGCACCGGCUGGGACGAGCCGUCGCCGUCCCCGCCGCCCUCGCUGCUGACGUCCGACGGCAUGUCCGGGCCGGCCGCAAAGCGGCGCCCGCGCGAGGCCGCCAACGGCCGGUCGGGGCAGCUGAAGCCGCAGUUCAGCCUGCCAGCCGGCAGCAAGCCGUCGCCGGAGAUUGCGGCCAUCGAGAAGUUCCUCCAGUUCCAGGACUCGGUGCCGUGCAAGAUCCGCGCCAAGCGCGGCUGCGCCACCCACCCCCGCAGCAUCGCCGAACGGGUGAGGAGGACGAAGAUCAGCGAGCGGAUACGGAAGCUGCAGGAGCUCGUCCCCAACAUGGAGAAGCAAACCAACACCUCCGACAUGUUGGAUCUGGCUGUCGACUACAUCAAGGAGCUCCAGAUGCAGGUCAAGGUGAUGAACGACGGCCGGGCGGGCUGCACCUGCUCGGCGGGCAGGCCGCAGAAGCACUUCGCCGGCUGACCAACCAAGCUCGCCGGCGUCCGGCGCAGCUGCUAGUCCCGUCCCUUUCUGGCUCCUAGCUACUCCGUGGCCGUGGCCGUCGCGGAGCUGAAGACCAUGGGCAUGUGUGGUGGGCGAUGCUGGCAUCAAUCAAUCAAUCAACCAUCUCAUCUCAUCAUCAAGCAGUAAACAUGAGAUGUACUACGAAAGAUCGAGUUAGUUGUACUACAUGAGGGUCAUUGAAAGCCCAACGAGACCGUGGGCCCCACGUGUCAGCGACUUUUGCCUUAGUUCCGUAGCGUAGCUUAGGCCGUUCAUCUGUGAAGUGUACAUACUACGUGCGUGCCACGCAAUAAAAUCUCACUCACACGGCUGA